AUUGAGCGCUUGCACGGACCAGUUCGAUUACGUUAAAAUGGGCUUAGGCUUGCUGCUGUUGAUCGGGCUAGGCACACUUAUCUUCUGGCUAUAUAGAAUCAAUAAGGAAUACUAUGUGCUGGCCUUCUUUGCCAAGCGAGUGCGCACUAAGGAUGGACGACCCCUGAAUAGUAUAGCUCCAGUAGCUGAAGGAAGCACUAUAUUUGGAAACUCUUUCGAUUUGUAUGGCAGAAAUGAAUCUGAAGUGUUUAGUGAUAUGCGCGUUAGAGCCAAGAAAAUGGGUCGUAGCUACAUAGAAUAUGCCAUGGGCACAUCCAUAUAUUGUAUUAUCGAUGCGGACACCAUUGACGUCGUGUUAAAUGAUCAGAACCUGAUAACCAAGGGGCUCGUAUACGAAUUCUUGCAUCCGGCUCUACACACGGGCCUACUGACAUCAACCGGUCAGAAAUGGCACUCGAGACGCAAGAUGCUCACACCCACAUUUCAUUUCAAUAUCUUGGGACAGUUUGCUGACAUUUUCAAAGCCGAGAGUUUGAAAUUCGUGCAGCAAUUUGAAGGAAAGGCGGAAGCUUCUAUCUCUCUAAGUGAACUCAUACCAAGGUUUACUCUGAACAGUAUUUGUGAAACCGCCAUGGGUAUUAAACUGGAUGACAUGGCUGCCAAGGGAGAUCGCUAUCGUCACAGCUUCAGCAUGAUUGAAAAGAUCUUUAUAAAGCGAAUGAGCAAUCCAAUCUAUUGGAAUGAUCAUUUGUACAAUCUUUUCGGCUCCAGUGAGGACAAACGCUUCUUAAAGGAAGUUCAUGAUUUCUCUAGUGAAAUUAUAGCCAAACGUAGAAAACUUUUGGAAGAAGCAGAGAAAGAAAAGCAAAGCUCUCAAGAAGCAGACGAUGAUAUAUACAUCAACAAGAAACAGCGCUUUGCCAUGCUGGAUACACUUAUCUUUGCGGAAAAGGAUGGCUUAAUUGACCAUGCAGGAAUUUGCGAAGAGGUGGAUACGCUCAUGUUUGAGGGCUUCGACACCACGUCUAUUGGCUUGAUAUUUGGACUUAUGAACAUGUCUCUGCAUCAAGAUAAGCAAGAACUGUGUUAUCAGGAGAUAAGUGAACACAUAGCUGACGAUUUCAGUAAUUUGGACCUUAAUCAGAUCUCUAAAUUAAAAUAUCUGGAGUGUUUUGUUAAGGAGACGGUUCGCUUGUUUCCCUCGGUGCCGAUUAUGAGCCGUGAGACAGUCAAGGAAACAGAAUUGGCCAAUGGUCUGAUAUUGCCCCCAGGAGCGCAGAUUGUCAUGCAUAUCUAUGAAAUACAUCGCAAUCCCAAAUACUGGAGCUCACCUCUGGAAUUUCAACCCGAACGCUUUCUGCCUGAGAACAGCAAAGAUCGUCAUACCUAUGCCUAUAUUCCGUUCAGUGCGGGUCAACGUAAUUGCAUUGGUCAAAAGUUUGCCAUGCUCGAGAUGAAAACACUGCUCAUCGUAAUACUUAAAAAGUUCAACGUCUUGCCUCUCGUCGAUCCUAAAGAUUUCGUUUUUAAUACUGGCAUCACAUUGCGUUGUAAAAAUAAUAUUAAAGUGAAAUUAGUCAGACGCAGUUGAUUGUCAGCAAAAUUGCCCAUAAGCGGCUAUUUUAAGAAGUUUGUUUGACUAAUUUCGAAGCUAAUUGUGAAUAAGAUAUAUUUUGCUUAAAAUCUGUAAUUACUUCUUUUCUGUUGGCAUCAAUGCUUAGCUCAGAGCUCUAUAACAAAUAUUUACAAUUGGUUUUUUAGCUCAAUCACGAUGAUUGGGUUGCUUUUCAACUUCAAUAAGUUCUUAGCUCAAUAUCUAAACAACAACUGCGGAAAUAGUUUUUGAAUACUAAUAAUAGACUAAUAAAAAUUAUUCAAUAUUG